GUGGUUCCGGUGAACAGGAGCAGCCCGGGACGCAGCAGACUACAACUCCCAUCAUUCCCCGCAACGAGCCAAGCCCGCCUCGCACGAACACACCGAGCCCGGACACGAGAGACAUGAGGGACAGACAGAAGCGUCGCCGGGAGCGCACGUGGGCCGAGGCUGCCCGGAUGGUUCUGGAGAAUUAUUCUGAUGCCCCGAUGACCCCAAAGCAGAUUCUAAAUGUGAUUGAGGCAGAAGGGCUCAAAGAGACCAGUGGUUCCUCGCCCCUGGCUUGCCUCAACGCCAUGUUACACUCCAACUCCAGAACGCGAGAGGCUUUGUUCUACAAGCUGCCCGGCCGCAUCAGCCUCUUUACCAUGAAGAAGAAUGCCAUGCAGUGGUCACGCGACGCACCGGAGGACGGCGACAAGGAAGUUAUGGCAGAGGAAAAGGGAAGUCCAAGUGACGAAGGCAGUGCUGGGCCUGCGGCGGUCGAGGCGUCCUGCUCCGGAGAACUGCACGGCCGGGAGAUGAGGUCCUUGGUGCAGGUAAAUAAGCAAAAGCGGAGAAGUGGGGUUCUCUUACCCCGUGUGGUUCUGACCCCUCUGAAAGUUAACGGAGCUCAUUUACCAUCCACUUCAGGAACAUCGAGCCAUCGUGCGGAGGCCGUGUCUACCAGUAACCGGGCACUUGGGGGCAGUUUGAAUUUUCACAGACGAGCCGCUUUAAGCCGGGACAACCCACAUCACCUGAGGGGCCUAAGGGGGACUCCACCUGGGCAGGUGAAGAAGAACAAGUCAGAAGAGAUAGAUUUUGAGACCCCCGGUUCCAUUCUGGUUAACACCAACCUUCGUGCAUUGAUAAACGUGCGGACCUUCAACGCCCUCCCAACCAACCUGCAGCAGCAGCUGCUGCUCCUGCUUCCCGAGGUGGACAGACAGGCCGCCCCUGAUGGGCAGAUGCGCAUGAGCGGCAGUGCCCUGAACAACGAGUUCUUUGCUCAUGCUUGCCAGCGGUGGCGCGAGCGGCUGGCCGAAGGCGAGUUUACUCCCGAAGUCCAGCUUCGAAUGAGGCAGGAGAUGGGCAAAGAGAAGAAGGUGGAAGACUGGAAGGGGAAGUUCUUUGAGGAAUUCUACGGGCAGAAACUGGGACUCUCCUCGGAGCCCCUUUCGGAUGAUGAUGAUGAGAAGAGAGUCAUUCCGGUACCUAAAAGCGUUCAGAUGACGAGCAAGAAUCCGGAAUCUACGCCUCUGGAAAAGAUUGUGUCCGAAGUUUGCACCAGGGCCAAGAGGAGCGCGUUUCGGAAGGAGGCAAGAGAGGAUCAGAAACUGGCUCAUCUGGAUGCUGCGGAGACCCAGGCGAGCGCCUCACCGCUGCCCGUUAAAGCGGAGUUCCUGGCACCUGAGGCUCAGAUACCUCCCAGGGAUGAAGUCCUCCUCCCGUCGACGUCCGACAGGGUUCCAGAGCUCCAUCCAGAGACUUCCGAGCAGAAGCGAAAGAACUGCAAGCCUGAGACUUCCAGCCCUUCCCUCGAAAAGAAGCCGCGAAUUGGCCAGCGUCAGUCCUUUCGUAACACAAUUCAGAGUGUUCACACAGAAAAGCCACUGCCUACCAAAGAGGAGCCCAAAGUCCCCCCAAUCCGGAUCCAGCUUUCUCGGAUCAAACCUCCCUGGCUGGGUGAAGGUUUGCCAGCUUACCAGAUCUGUCCACGGAUCGUCCCAGACGCUGAUCCCGUUGGGAGCCGGACUCGUUCCUGCGCACCUGCUGACCGUCAGUCCCGCGGGUCUCAAUCCCAAACCUCCAUUGGUGGAGGCGGAGGUCCAGGGGGAGGUGGGACGACUCGUAAAGGGAGAACCCGGCCAAGAAUCCUCAAGAGAAGAUCCUCAACAAAACGCAAACGAAAGCAGCCUCCAAAUUGCUGCAGAACACAAUUACUGUCGUCCUCCGCUUUGAGAAACAAGAGGGAAAAACUGUCAUUUCCCCCAGGGCAGGGUAAUCAUACAGCUGGUGCGAGGGGCAGUCGUUCCAAGGACGAGGGACAAGGCGUAAGUUGGGGCGGUCCAUUCAUCGACACCAAAGACCAGCGUGCCGCAGACGCUGCUGUUUCUGGGGCUUUGUUUGAUACCAUGCAGGGUUAUGGGGGUCAGGACGCUUUGAAGCCCCGUACUGUACAGACUGUGCCGGGUGAGGUUUCUGCCCUCCUGCCCACGGUGGGGCUUCACCCCAACAAAGACAACAGUACGUGCUUUGGACUUGUUGGCAUCGAUGGGGCGUCCCCGUCGGCCUGUGCAGCUGCUGAAGCGGCCCCCGAGGAUCUACCCGGUGUUGACUCUGUGACCUCCGUUCUUGGCGAUGUGUCAAAUACCUUUCAAAGUAAACCCAAACCUAUCGCUACGAAGGUGACAAGAAGGGAACCUGCGUUGGAUUUUCAAGGAGAAAUUGUGGCUGUUGGAGGACAGCCGCCGCGUCUUCCUUCUGAAUCUCAGGGAGCAACAGAUGUACCUGAACCUCCUGUACAUGCUGCUCACACCUCAUUAUCUGGGCGUUUAGUAGAAGCAUGUGCUGCAUCUUGGGGCUCGUCUGAACUCGGCAUGAGCUGUGAUGGUGCGCUGGCUUCCGGUUCCCUGGAGAUCGGGACAGUUUCAGAGGUUCUAGAUUUUCAGGAGCCACGUGUGGUCCUCGAGCAGCAAGACGGCCCAGCAGAGCCAGUAUUUGAGACCUUGCGGUGUGAGCUGCCAGCCGCUACCCUUGUUGAUGUGUCGGCUGGUGCGGCGACUCUUUCCUGUCCAUCGGAAUCUGCAAGAGACUGCGUGGGCAUCGAACAGCCAGAAAUGAAAUCUCGCUCUCUUGCGCAGGAGACGGACCCUUUAAUUGCCAACUGUGGAACAAACUGUCAGCGUGAAGCAAAUGUCCGCACGGAACCCCAUGUGGUCGCGUCGCCUCUCCCUGCUCUGCAAAAAAGAGACUUUACUGAAAAAUCCUGUCUGCCGGCCGUAGACUCCAGUGUUACUCUGCAUGCCGUUGUUGAGAAGCCGCGGAUCCGCUUGAAGCCGGCCUCGAAGAGCUGUCCAAGUGAGGCCCUUGGUAGAGAUUUGUGGUCUUCGAAAUUUGCUUGUGAGUCCUUUAAAGUUACUCUUACAGAUCCAGAGCUGCCUAGAACCCCAGCUGGGGAUCAGAGUCCGGAACCCAGGCUUUUUAACAAGGCGGACCCCGCCGCCGAAAUCCACCAAGCUCUGCUGAUGGAUCUUCGCUUUCAGAAGGAGAUAGGGUUAAGUGUUCAGCUGCCCAUAGAAUUGCCCCUGCUCCCUCCUCGGCAGUCGUUGAAGCAGUCUUCGUUUGGGAAAAUGUCCUGGGGGCCCAAGGACGUGGCCUCCUGUCCCACUUGGCUCACCGCUCGCGCGUCUCUCUCCUUGCGCUUGUUUGCGGACGGCGCGGCCGACGAGCAGAUAUCUCUGAGAUGUUCUUGCAGCCUGAAGGCCAUGCGAAUGUGCCAGGGAUGCGGUGCUUUCUGCCACCACGACUGCAUGGGACCUUCCACGCUCUGUGUUUUGUGCCUUGUCAUAAGAUAA